UAUAUAUACAUAUUUAUUAAAAUUUAAAAAAAAUAUGAUAAAUUCAUUGCCAAAACAUUCUGGGAUUUAUUUUGUUAAAGACAAUAUUAACAAUUUACAAUUCAAAAUACAUUUUCGUUCCAUAAAUACUUUGCUCAAGCUACCAAAAUACAAUGUGCCCACAGAAAACAAUAAUGAAUUGUUCGCCUCCAAAAGAACAAUUGAAAAUUCUUCAACAGAUGACGAUAAAAUUGUGCUGCUCAAAUGGCAACAGAAAGUGUUCAGUGCAACUGAAUGUGAAUUGUAUAGUGAUGUGAAGAACUGCACCAAUGAUCAACAGAAAAAGUAUCAUAAUGAAAUUUUAAAACAAAAGGAUAAGGAUAAAAAACAAACAAAAAAGAAACGCCAACGUAAGCAACCUAAAACGGAGGUGGUAGAGACAACAGCGAUGGGUAAUUUUAUAUUCACUUACGUGCAUGAAGAUAAUUUUUCCCCUCAUAAUGAGCAAGUCCACAAAUUUAGUGGACUUAUGAAAGAAGUCGAGGAGCAACCUUUUGAACAGAUGUUUGUUUAUGCAGCUUUAAAACCGGAUACUCAAUUGGCUGUCUUAAGAUGGUUUAAGCAGGAUCGUUUGCUUUACAUAUAUCCCGAUUUUACAGCUUCACAUGACGAGCCUUAUUUCAUAGAAAUAAACAGUGAUUAUCGCCAUUUGUAUUCGUAUUGCAUAGAGGAUAUUUCGCCGAAAGCAAUUGCACCACCAAACGAGCAAGAACAAUUUCUAUAUCUACCAGAACUUUCUACACAUUGGCGUAUAGAAGAUGAACUGGUUACAAAAUUUGACAUGCCUCCAAAAAGAACCCAAAGAUGUGCCAUAAUCUUUACUAUAAAUGAUGUGUCUGGUUUUGAGUAUGAUAAUGUUCAUGUGCAUUAUCGCAUACAACUUCCCGAAAAUACAAUACUGGAAGAGGGUCUGUUGGAUGCUACAACACACACUGCUUCAAAUUGGAACUCUAACACAACUCAACACAUUGGCUUAACCUGGCAAAUCACUUUAUUAUGUGAAGAACAAUUUGAUCCCUCCCAUAAUUUACGCAUAUUUUUUGAAGUUAUUUCAAUUGAUUCCUGGGAAAGAGAACGUAUCGAAGGUUUUUCCCACUACAACCUAAAUCUGUUGCAGCCCUUUAAUAGUACCGUAAAACUAACUUGUAUUCGCCCAGUUGAAUCAUUUUUAGAAUCUAUUAAUCGUUACUUUAUUGGUGGACGUCGAAAGUUUGAUUAUGAGCGUUUUGUGUGUGAAUUGUCUGAGAACGAAGUUGCAGGUGGUACGUCUAAUUUUCACUGUCGUUAUGGUGGACACAUGCAAAACUCAGGUCAACUAAGUUUAACCUGUCAAAUGUUAACGCAGCGUAAUUGUGAACUUCUAAAUCCAUGCUUGAGUCGGUCAAGUGGAAUGACAUUGGACGACAUUAUGAUGGCAUAUAAAGAGGCUAGAAGGAGAUUAGAGGCAGUUGCAUUAAAAUAAUGAAACAUAUGUUCUUUUAAAAAGGAUUUGAUUUGAUCGGUCUAUGUGUUUCUUUUACAUUCUAAUUUUGGUACUUUGAAAAUAUUAAACAAAGAAUGUGACAUAUUUAAGAUAAAUCCGUUACUAAUAUUUUGAGCUAAAUGUAAUUUAAUAAAUAAUAAUUAUAAAUAAUAACAAGUAUGAAUGUAUAGUCGGGCGU